AUGCACAGAGCAAGUCGCCAUUCUCCGCGCUAUCAAAAUUUAAAUGAUAAUAAAAAAUAAAUAUAGCAACUUAAUGAAUUGGCAAUAAGUUAGUCCCAUAGAAUUAAUGAGUUCGAAAGAAAACUAUAAAGCAUGCUUAAAAAAUUAAAUGAUUCUCAAAGUUUUCAUGUAGAUUAAAUUUCUAAUUAAAUUUCUGAGUUAGAAGAUGAAAAGGACGAUUCAUAACUAAAUUUAUUACUUCCAGAUUGUAUUCUGAAGAAAACAGAUUGCGGGCAAAUAUUAGAUCAAAAAGAAAAUUAGGAUUAAAAAAUGAAAGUUAUGAACAAUAUUUAAGAAAAGUUUAGUGCAAUAGGUUAAACAUCAAACUCUAAAUAAAAUUAAGAGAUAAGUUAUGAAAAUUCAAAUGAAGACCAAAUUUAGCAUUUAUUCUUAUAAUCAAAAUAAAAAAAUGAGUUUUCAGAAUACUCCAAACCAGAAAUUUUAAUGAAUUAAUUGGUUGUUUAAAAUUAAUAUAAAAAUGUGGAAAAAGAAAAUAAAUUAGAAGAAUUCGAUGAAAUCUUACUUUAUCAAGCUGAAGGCAAUCUUUCAAGUGAAGAAAAAUAAAUGAACCAAGAAUAUAGAGAAGUUAAUAGUUAGAAUAAUUAAAGUGAUGAAAUAAAAAAUUAAGCUUAGCUGAAUUAAAGAUAAAUUGAUAAAAUUUAAUAAAACCUAAAAAAAGAAAGCGAAAACCAGGGGAAUAAAAUUAAAAUUUUUCUUCCUAAAAUAGCCAAUUUAUUAUAGGAUAAAAACUAAAAAAUAAUUAAACUUUUAAACAAAGAGUUGACUCAAGAAAAUUUUCUUUAAGAUAUCGGAGAAUAAGGAAUAGAAAAAAUGAAUAUUCAAUUAAAUAGAAUGUCAGAAAAAUAGAGUCAGUAAUUUAAAAAAUUGGAAAUGUAAAUGUAAUAAAUUAUGAAAGAAAAUAUCGAUAAAAUUAUGAAAAUAGUAAAUUAAACUUUCAGAAUCAAUAAUUUGAGUCAAAAUGAAGAAAUAAUAGAUAAACUAGUUGAUAGAAAGGGAUCUAUUAAUGAUUAAUAAAUAGAAGAAUAUAAAGUAUAACAAUAUGAAUUAUAAUAUGAAUUGGAGGUGUCAAGUUAAAAGAAUGAUGUGCAAAUUAAGUAAGAACCAAGUAAUAAUUGGGAUCAAAAUAGUAAUAUUAGUGAUAUUGUAAAUAAAUCUAUUCACAAAAUAAAUGACUAAUCCCUCUCAUAAAAUGAUGAAAGGGAUAAUAACAUUCAAAAUUUUUUAUAAUAAAUAGCAAGUCUUUAAUAAUAAAAUAUUUAGUAGGGCGAAGGAAAUAAUAUCAUUCAAAAACAUAGAAAAUCAACUUCUGAUUAAUUUAAAAAUCAAAAGGAUAAUUUAACUCAAUAAAAAGAAAUUAAUAUACAAGAUACAGACUAGGAUAAAUAUAUUUGCGCUAAUCAAACAUUUAACGAAAUUAAUAAAUCAAUGAAUUAAAGUGAAUAACUGUAAUUAUAAAUUUCUAUUAAUGAGAAAUAGAAUUUAGUCAAUAAUUUCUUAAUGGAGCUUGAAUAUGGAAGUAAGAUAGAAAAUCAAGUUGAGCUGGAUGAAAAAAUGAAUAGUGUAUUUGAUAGAAUAAAAGAAAUCUAAAAAAGUUAAAAUAAUGAAAACUUAAUUGAGUUUAUAAACAAAAAAUUAAAUGAAUUUUUAAGACCUAAAAAUUAGUAAGAGAAUUUGUAUGAGAAAGAAAUGUUAAAUAUGGAAUAAUAAGAAUAAAUUUGUAAAUUGGAAUAUAACAUUAAUAGUAUAUAAAAUGAAGGAUUUUAAAAUGAUGAAUAUAAGUAAUACUAAUAAAAGUUAAAUAAUUUAUAAGAAAAUAAUUAAAAAGUAAAUGGUCAACCUGGAGAAAUAAUAAAAGACGAAGAAAAUUAAAUAAUUUAAUUUGGUGAAUAAGAUAAAAACUAAAAUAUAUAAACAAAUAAACUAUUAAACUAAGAAUUAAAGAAAUAAAAUGAUUUUAUCAUAAAAAAAAAUAAAUAAAUGAAUCUAUAAGAGAAAAUUGAAUUUGAAAAAGUAAAAAGAAACUAAUCUAUAGAGCAAGAAGAUAAAUAACAAGAAAAUUAAUAAAUGAAAGAUAAACAACUGCCUUAUUUAAAUGAAGAAAAUAAAAAAUUAUCUAAACUUUAAUAAUAGGAACCUAAAAUAAAUGAUAAAAUAUAAUCAUUAGAACCUGAAAAUAAUAAUGAAAAACAACUUUAAUAAUUAGUUUAAAAUUUACAAGAAUAGUUAUAAGAUAAAGAAAAUUAAUUAUCUGUUUAAAAUGAUGAGAUUAUUAAAUUACGUAAACAAUAAUAAUAGGAACCUAAAUUAAAUGAGAAAAUAUAGUCAUUAGAACCUGAAAAUAAUAAGGAUGAACAACUUUAAAUGUUAGUUUAAAAUUUACAAGAAUAGUUAUAAGAUAAAGAAAAUUAAUUAUCUGUCUAAAAUGAUGAGAUUAUUAAAUUACGUAAACAAUAAUAAUAGGAACCUAAAUUAAAUGAGAAAAUAUAAUCAUUAGAACCUGAAAAUAAUAAGGAUGAACAACUUUAAAUGUUAGUUUAAAAUUUACAAGAAUAGUUAUAAGAUAAAGAAAAUUAAUUAUCUGUCUAAAAUGAUGAGAUUAUUAAAUUACGUAAACAAUAAUAAUAGGAACCUAAAUUAAAUGAGAAAAUAUAAUCAUUAGAACCUGAAAAUAAUAAGGAUGAACAACUUUAAAUGUUAGUUUAAAAUUUACAAGAAUAGUUAUAAGAUAAAGAAAAUUAAUUAUCUGUCUAAAAUGAUGAGAUUAUUAAAUUACGUAAACAAUAAUAAUAGGAACCUAAAUUAAAUGAGAAAAUAUAAUCAUUAGAACCUGAAAAUAAUAAGGAUGAACAACUUUAAAUGUUAGUUUAAAAUUUACAAGAAUAGUUAUAAGAUAAAGAAAAUUAAUUAUCUGUCUAAAAUGAUGAGAUUAUUAAAUUACGUAAACAAUAAUAAUAGGAACCUAAAUUAAAUGAGAAAAUAUAAUCAUUAGAACCUGAAAAUAAUAAGGAUGAACAACUUUAAAUGUUAGUUUAAAAUUUACAAGAAUAGUUAUAAGAUAAAGAAAAUUAAUUAUCUGUCUAAAAUGAUGAGAUUAUUAAAUUACGUAAACAAUAAUAAUAGGAACCUAAAUUAAAUGAGAAAAUAUAAUCAUUAGAACCUGAAAAUAAUAAGGAUGAACAACUUUAAAUGUUAGUUUAAAAUUUACAAGAAUAGUUAUAAGAUAAAGAAAAUUAAUUAUCUGUCUAAAAUGAUGAGAUUAUUAAAUUACGUAAACAAUAAUAAUAGGAACCUAAAUUAAAUGAGAAAAUAUAAUCAUUAGAACCUGAAAAUAAUAAGGAUGAACAACUUUAAAUGUUAGUUUAAAAUUUACAAGAAUAGUUAUAAGAUAAAGAAAAUUAAUUAUCUGUCUAAAAUGAUGAGAUUAUUAAAUUACGUAAACAAUAAUAAUAGGAACCUAAAUUAAAUGAGAAAAUAUAAUCAUUAGAACCUGAAAAUAAUAAGGAUGAACAACUUUAAAUGUUAGUUUAAAAUUUACAAGAAUAGUUAUAAGAUAAAGAAAAUUAAUUAUCUGUCUAAAAUGAUGAGAUUAUUAAAUUACGUAAACAAUAAUAAUAGGAACCUAAAUUAAAUGAGAAAAUAUAAUCAUUAGAACCUGAAAAUAAUAAGGAUGAACAACUUUAAAUGUUAGUUUAAAAUUUACAAGAAUAGUUAUAAGAUAAAGAAAAUUAAUUAUCUGUCUAAAAUGAUGAGAUUAUUAAAUUACGUAAACAAUAAUAAUAGGAACCUAAAUUAAAUGAGAAAAUAUAAUCAUUAGAACCUGAAAAUAAUAAGGAUGAACAACUUUAAAUGUUAGUUUAAAAUUUACAAGAAUAGUUAUAAGAUAAAGAAAAUUAAUUAUCUGUCUAAAAUGAUGAGAUUAUUAAAUUACGUAAACAAUAAUAAUAGGAACCUAAAUUAAAUGAGAAAAUAUAAUCAUUAGAACCUGAAAAUAAUAAGGAUGAACAACUUUAAAUGUUAGUUUAAAAUUUACAAGAAUAGUUAUAAGAUAAAGAAAAUUAAUUAUCUGUCUAAAAUGAUGAGAUUAUUAAAUUACGUAAACAAUAAUAAUAGGAACCUAAAUUAAAUGAGAAAAUAUAAUCAUUAGAACCUGAAAAUAAUAAGGAUGAACAACUUUAAAUGUUAGUUUAAAAUUUACAAGAAUAGUUAUAAGAUAAAGAAAAUUAAUUAUCUGUCUAAAAUGAUGAGAUUAUUAAAUUACGUAAACAAUAAUAAUAGGAACCUAAAUUAAAUGAGAAAAUAUAAUCAUUAGAACCUGAAAAUAAUAAGGAUGAACAACUUUAAAUGUUAGUUUAAAAUUUACAAGAAUAGUUGCAAGAUAAAGAAAAUUAAUUAUCUGUCUAAAAUGAUGAGAUUAUUAAAUUACGUAAACAAUAAUAAUAGGAACCUAAAUUAAAUGAGAACAUAUAAUCAUUAGAACUUGGAUAUAAUAAGGAAGAACGGCUAGCCAAAAAAAAAAAAGGAUAAUUAUAGGAUAACCUAACUAAAUCAUCACUAAUAAAUGAAGAAGAUUUGAAAUUAAGUUAACAGUUAUUAUAGGAACCUUAAUUCAAUAUAUUACAAUAAUUUUAAUAAAUUUAGCACUACAAUGAUCAACAACUUUCUUCGAAUAUGAUUUAAUAACAAAAAUAAAUUGAUAUUCCUUAGAACCAAUUUGUAUUGCUUAAUACUGAACAGCGAGAUAGUUUGUUUUAUAAUGAUUAAUCAUUAAAAUAACUGUAAUCAAAUAAUAUUUAAUUGGAGUAAACAUCCUAAAUAAAUAACAUAACAUAAAGUAAUUCUUUUAAUUCUUAUAACUAAUCUAAUCAAAUAAAUUCUUUAUAUAUUACUUUAUAAGAAUCUGAAGAAAAUUAAUUUAAACAUAAAGAUGAAAAACAUACCAAUAUUUAAACUUUAACUUUAUAAAAUUAAAACGAAAUAAAUAGUCAACAAUAAUUAGUAAAAAAAUAUGAUUCAAAAAUUAAUAGUCUAAAACAAUUAUUAAAAAUCAUACAUAGUCGAGUAUAAUUAAAUUCUUUAUAAUAAUAAAAUUAACUCUUAACAGUUUAAUCCAAUUUAAUUAAUGAAUAAAAUACAUAAUAUUAAUUGACAUUAAAUUAAUUGAAUAAAAAAUUAAUGAAAUAAGAAUCUGUCCUAAUAUAAUUAUAAGAUAAAAACAAAGAAUAUGAGGAAACAAUUAAAACAUAAAAGUAAUAAAAUAUAAAUUUAAAUAAAAAGAUUUAAGAAAUAGAGGAUGAAAUUAUUAUUUAAAAAGAUAAUAAUUUAAAAAUAUUAGAGUAAAAUGAAUUUAGAUAAACUUAAUAGGUAGAAUAUUAAAAAGAAAAAGAAGAGUUAAUAAGUUUAAUAAAUUCUGAAAAUAAUAAAUUAAAUGAAUAGAUAAUUGAAUUGAAAGAUAUCAAUAAGAAAUUGACAGAUGAAAUAGAUCAUAAAUAGAAAGAAAACAAUUAAUUAUUAACAAGUAAUAAAGAAAAAGAAUAACAAAUAAGUUAACUUUCUUCUGAUAACAAUAAAUAGAAUGAAAAGAUAAAUGAAUUAGAAAGUUAAAUUAAUGAAAUUAAAGAUAUGAAUAAGAAAUUGACAGAUGAUAUAGAUAAUAAAUAGAAAGAAAACAAUUAAUUAUUAACAAGUAAUAAAGAAAAAGAAUAACAAAUAAGUUAACUUUCUUCUGAUAACAAUAAAUAGAAUGAAAAGAUAAAUGAAUUAGAAAGUUAAAUUAAUGAAAUUAAAGAUAUGAAUAAGAAAUUGACAGAUGAUAUAGAUAAUAAAUAGAAAGAAAACAAUUAAUUAUUAACAAGUAAUAAAGAAAAAGAAUAACAAAUAAGUUAACUUUCUUCUGAUAACAAUAAAUAGAAUGAAAAGAUAAAUGAAUUAGAAAGUUAAAUUAAUGAAAUUAAAGAUAUGAAUAAGAAAUUGACAGAUGAUAUAGAUAAUAAAUAGAAAGAAAACAAUUAAUUAUUAACAAGUAAUAAAGAAAAAGAAUAACAAAUAAGUUAACUUUCUUCUGAUAACAAUAAAUAGAAUGAAAAGAUAAAUGAAUUAGAAAGUUAAAUUAAUGAAAUUAAAGAUAUGAAUAAGAAAUUGACAGAUGAUAUAGAUAAUAAAUAGAAAGAAAACAAUUAAUUAUUAACAAGUAAUAAAGAAAAAGAAUAACAAAUAAGUUAACUUUCUUCUGAUAACAAUAAAUAGAAUGAAAAGAUAAAUGAAUUAGAAAGUUAAAUUAAUGAAAUUAAAGAUAUGAAUAAGAAAUUGACAGAUGAUAUAGAUAAUAAAUAGAAAGAAAACAAUUAAUUAUUAACAAGUAAUAAAGAAAAAGAAUAACAAAUAAGUUAACUUUCUUCUGAUAACAAUAAAUAGAAUGAAAAGAUAAAUGAAUUAGAAAGUUAAAUUAAUGAAAUUAAAGAUAUGAAUAAGAAAUUGACAGGUGAUAUAGAUAAUAAAUAGAAAGAAAACAAUUAAUUAUUAACAAGUAAUAAAGAAAAAGAAUAACAAAUAAGUUAACUUUCUUCUGAUAACAAUAAAUAGAAUGAAAAGAUAAAUGAAUUAGAAAGUUAAAUUAAUGAAAUUAAAGAUAUGAAUAAGAAAUUGACAGAUGAUAUAGAUAAUAAAUAGAAAGAAAACAAUUAAUUAUUAACAAGUAAUAAAGAAAAAGAAUAACAAAUAAGUUAACUUUCUUCUGAUAACAAUAAAUAGAAUGAAAAGAUAAAUGAAUUAGAAAGUUAAAUUAAUGAAAUUAAAGAUAUGAAUAAGAAAUUGACAGAUGAUAUAGAUAAUAAAUAGAAAGAAAACAAUUAAUUAUUAACAAGUAAUAAAGAAAAAGAAUAACAAAUAAGUUAACUUUCUUCUGAUAACAAUAAAUAGAAUGAAAAGAUAAAUGAAUUAGAAAGUUAAAUUAAUGAAAUUAAAGAUAUGAAUAAGAAAUUGACAGAUGAUAUAGAUAAUAAAUAGAAAGAAAACAAUUAAUUAUUAACAAGUAAUAAAGAAAAAGAAUAACAAAUAAGUUAACUUUCUUCUGAUAACAAUAAAUAGAAUGAAAAGAUAAAUGAAUUAGAAAGUUAAAUUAAUGAAAUUAAAGAUAUGAAUAAGAAAUUGACAGAGGAUAUAGAUAAUAAAUAGAAAGAAAACAAUUAAUUAUUAACAAGUAAUAAAGAAAAAGAAUAACAAAUAAGUUAACUUUCUUCUGAUAACAAUAAAUAGAAUGAAAAGAUAAAUGAAUUAGAAAGUUAAAUUAAUGAAAUUAAAGAUAUGAAUAAGAAAUUGACAGAGGAUAUAGAUAAUAAAUAGAAAGAAAACAAUUAAUUAUUAACAAGUAAUAAAGAAAAAGAAUAACAAAUAAGUUAACUUUCUUCUGAUAACAAUAAAUAGAAUGAAAAGAUAAAUGAAUUAGAAAGUUAAAUUAAUGAAAUUAAAGAUAUGAAUAAGAAAUUGACAGAUGAUAAAGAUAAUAAAUAGAAAGAAAACAAUUAAUUAUUAACAAGUAAUAAAGAAAAAGAAGAACUAAUUAGUUAACUUUCUUCUAAUAACAAUAAAUAGAAUGAAAAGAUAAAUGAAUUAGAAAGUUAAAUUAAUGAAAUUAAAGAUAUGAAUAAGAAAUUGACAGAGGAUAUAGAUAAUAAAUAGAAAGAAAACAAUUAAUUAUUAACAAGUAAUAAAGAAAAAGAAUUACAAAUAAGUUAACUAUCUUAUGAUAAUACUAAAUUAAAUGAAUAAAUCAUUGAAUUGCAAGAUAUGAAUAAGAAAUUGACAGAGGAUAUAGUUAAUAAAUAGAAAGAAAACAAUUAAUUAUUAACAAGUAAUAAAGAAAAAGAAUAACAAAUAAGUUAACUUUCUUCUGAUAACAAUAAAUAGAAUGAAAACAUAAAUGAAUUAGAAAGUUAAAUUAAUGAAAUUAAAGAUAUGAAUAAGAAAUUGACAUAGGAUAUAGAUAAUAAAUAGAAAGAAAACAAUUAAUUAUUAAUAAGUAAUAAAGAAAAAGAAUAACAAAUAACUUAACUUUCUUCUGAUAACAAUAAAUAGAAUGAAAAGAUAAAUGAAUUAGAAAGUUAAAUUAAUGAAAUUAAAGAUAUGAAUAAGAAAUUGACAUAGGAUAUAGAUAAUAAAUAGAAAGAAAACAAUUAAUUAUUAACAAGUAAUAAAGAAAAGGAAGAGCAAAUUAGUUAACUAUCUUCUGAUAAUACUAAAUUAAAUGAAUAAAUCAUUGAAUUGCAAAAUAUUAAAAAGAAAUUGACAGAUGAAAUAGAUCAUUAAUAGAAAGAAAACAAUUAAUUAUUAACAUGUAAUAAAGAAAAUAGAGAACUAAUUAGUUAACUUUCUUCUGAUAACAAUAAAUAGAAUGAAAAGAUAAAUGAAUUAGAAAGGUAAAUUAAUAAAAUUAAAGAUAUGAAUAAGAAAUUGACAGAGGAUAUAGAUAAUAAAUAGAAAGAAAACAAUUAAUUAUUAACAAGUAAUAAAGAAAAAGAAUUACAAAUAAGUUAACUUUCUUCUGAUAACAGUAAAUAGAAUGAAAAGAUAAAUGAAUUAGAAAGUUAAAUUAAUGAAAUUAAAGAUAUGAAUAAGAAAUUGACAGUAGAUAUAGAUAAUAAAUAGAAAGAAAACAAUUAAUUAUUAACAAGUAAUAAAGAAAAAGAAUAACAAAUAAGUUAACUUUCUUCUGAUAAUAAUAAAUUAAAUUAAUAGCAAAUUGAAAUGGAACUAUAAAUUCAUGAAUAGGAGCAUAUCCAUAUUACACAAUAAGAGGAAAUAAAAAACAUAUCUUAAAAUAAUAAUAAUAUUAAUUAAAGUCUUAUAUCAUCUUAAAAUUUACCAAUAUUAGAAGAUAAGUAGAAAUAUUUUAUAAACCCAUUACACUUAUUAAAUUAAGAAAACGCAUAAGAAACAACUUUAAAACUCUAAUCUAAUUUAUUGCCCUCAACUAUAAUUUAAUAAGUUGAACAAAACUUAAUUUAGCCUUAAAAUACAUCAUUAUAAUCUUUAUAAAUACAACAUAAAGAAACUCUAUAAAGUUAAAUUACAGAUUAAUUAUUUUAACAAGAUAAAAAUAUGCAAUUAUAAUAAAAAGAAGAAAUUAUCCUACAUUUGGAAUCAAUAAUAAAAUUUUAAGAACAAUAAUUAAUAUAUCUUAAUACCCUUUUAGUUAAUGCAGAAGAAACUUUAUCUAAAAUUUUUUGA